AUGAAUAUCAAUUCCUUCAAAAGCAAACUCAUGCCUAUAAAAACAGAUAGCAGCGUGAGGAAAAAUCUAAUUCGAGAUCAUGAUAUUGAUACUGGAAACAGUUAUAUUGGAACAGAAAAAUCUGCUCUGCGAGGACAAAAUACGAUAAACAAGUUAGAGAACCUCCCAACUUUUUAGCAAGAGGUUUUUCAGAAAAAUAACUAUUCCAUUACUCCAAUUAAUUAGAGCAUAGGGGGUGAAACAGUAAAUAAAAAAUCUCCAGAAAACUUUGAUCCUAUCUAGUCUCAAUAUACUAUGUUCAAUUUCAAUCACAAUUAUAAACAAAGAAAUUUCAUCAACAAUAUUCAGUCAAUUGCGAUCAGUAGCUUGAAAAGUGACGAUUUCAAUAGAAAAUAAUAAAUUAAUCAAACAAAUGGAGGAGGAUCAGGAUUCAAUUCUUCAACAUAAAGAGUUUAAGAAAAUGCAUUAUUCAAUAUUGGAGCUAAUCAAGAGCUAAACAAAUCUCUCAAUCAAACCUAUGUUCAGAAAUUUAGUAUGCAGAUAGAUAGACCAACUCAAAUCUACGCUUAGACGCCAUUAUUGCAACCUAGAAAAUACUAAAAUUAAAGAUAGAUAUCUAUUUAACCCUAGACUCCUGGUUACAAUAAAAUAAAAUCAAGUUUAUCUCCCUCGAAACUUACUGGAAGAAAAAAUAAUGCUAGCUUAGUUAGCAACUCUAUAUAAUUCCCCUCUAAGGUAUCUAAGACUCAAAUUAACUCAAGCUACAUAAAAAAAUUUGCUCAAACUCUAAGUUAAAACAAUCAUGGAGCCUCCAGAAGAUCUAUAACUGCAUAUGGUGGACAUCAGAUUGGAACUCAUUAAAGUGAUAGCAUAAGUGAAAAUGAAGUUAAGAUGCAAAAUCUAAAAUAAAUUGAAACACAAAAAAAGAACAUGAAGUAUCUGGCAGAGGAUUUGAAAAAGCAUGAGAAGAAAUAAAAAAGCAAAAGCAAAAAUAAUAAAUUGAAAAAUAAAAAAGCUACUUUUGAUGAAAAAAGAAAUUCUGUUUAUUCACAGGGUUCUGAAGGUGUGUUUUAAGCCGGCUUAAAGAGAAUAAAAGCGUUUCAUAGAGGUGUGUCUAUGUUCGCUUAGUCUUAAAAGACAUCCUAAACGACUAAUGAGGGUGAUUCAGACGAUGAUGAGGAAGAUCCCAUUAAGAGGAUUGAAAAACAUUUCAAAAGAAGCCCAUGUACUAUAUAUCCAGAUAGUAAAUUCAGAUUUGUCUGGGAUCUCAUAUCAUGCUUCUUGAUCAUUCAUUGCUCUUUAAUGUUACCAGUCGAGUUUUCAUUUAUGGAUUACUAGCCAGAGUACUAAGUAAUUUUCGAGCCCUUUAAUGAAGUGUGGUUUAUGACUGACGUAUUCCUGAACUUUAAUACUGGAUUUUUUCACAAGGGAAUCGUUAUCAUGCAACGAAGGGAAUUAAUUAUCAACUAUUUAAAAAAUUGGUUUAUAUUUGACUUCUUUUGCUCGUUUCCAUAUUCUUAAAUUAUUACUAAACUAAGAGACAUUCAAAGCCCAUAUGUGCAAGAUCAGAUAUCAUCUGAUAUGACAAAUGCUAUGUUUAAAUUUAUGAAACUUAUGAUAAUUACAUUUUUUGCUGCUCAUUGGAUGGCUUGCCUAUUCUAUACUAUAUCAAUUUCAGAUAAAGAGUCAUUGACUUGGAUCACAUAUGCAGGUCUUCAAAAUGCUCCUAUAUCUGAAUGCUAUGUAAAUUCACUUUACUGGACGAUUACCACAAUGGCAACUGUAGGCUAUGGAGAUAUAAAGCCUCAGACUACCUAAGAAAGACUUAUAGUAAUAUUCAUUAUGCUUGUUGCAUGUGCCAUUUAUGCUUAUAUAAUCAAUGAUAUUGGUCAUAUCGUCUCCCGUUAUAAUAUCUUAGCCGUCUAGUAUAAGUAAGAUUACUCAAAUUUGAUUGACUUUAGGGAAAAGAUGAUGUAUGUUAACUAGUUUCUCAGUUCUAAAAGCAUUCCUAAGGAUCUUAUAGCUAGGAUUAAUAAGUAUUUGCAAUAUAAUUGGGAGCUCAAAAAAUAGAUUAAGAUUGAAGAAAAAGAGCUUAUGGACUUACUAAAUAGCGAUUUGAGAGAUAGGAUCACCAUUUAUCUUAAUGGUUAAAUUCUUCAUAAAAUUAGGGCUCUAGACUCUUUUAAAAUUGACUUUAAAUCCUCUUUAACCUUUGCAAUGAAAAGAAAGUCUUUUUCUACAGAUGAAAAUUUAGUAGUUGAGGAGGAUGUUGGAGAUGAAAUAUUCUAUUUAACUCAAGGGAAAAAAGAUGAUUACUUUGGGGAAAUUGGAUUCUUUUCUGGUUGUCCAAGAACUAAUACUGUCAAGAGUAGAGAUUUCACAGAAGUUUUGACAAUCAAAAGAGAUAAAUUUCUAGAAAUAGCUGAGGAUUAUCCAGAAGCCAUUGAUGCAUAUCAUUAAAUCUACAGCAAUGUUAUACCUUCUUAAAAAGAAUAUAAGCCUUUAAAAAUUAAAUGCUACAUCUGUGAUCAAAGAAAUCACAUUGCAACUGAUUGUAGAAAAUUCAGAGGCAGAAGAAGCUCAAAAUUAAGAAGAUAAACAAUAAAUUUAGGAAAGAAAUCCUCAUUGUUUAUACCCAAUCAAGAUUUUAGUUCGAAAUACUGUGAUGAUGAACAAUAAAAUAGGUUGUUAAAUGAAGGACAAACUAUGAAUGAAGCUAAGACAUUUGAUAAAACUGGUUUUUUCGAUGAUGAUCAAAGUAACCAUUAAGAAAAGGAAGAAGAAAUAAUGAAAGUUAGUAGUGGUUCUGAGGAAUAAAAAGAGGAAAAUGAAAAUGAUAUCUUUUUACCACUUAGAAAAUAAAAUACUGAUUUCAUGAGAUUUAUGAGGGAUAAUCCUAUAUGCAUGCUUGAAGACAUUAAAGAAGAUAUCCCAUAUGAAGAUGAGUAUGAUGAGGAAUUUAAGCAUUCUAGAACACCAAGAAUGAAAUAAUCCAAGAGCAGAAUAUCACCAACUAACUUAUCGAUGCUUCCUAGACAGAGAUCAUCAGCUGAUAAAAUAAUCUCUACAAGACACGGCCGUUAAAGUCAUUUGCAUAGACCUUCAUUUAAUAAGCUGAUUCCUGUAGAUAUUAGAAAUGCUAGAAGGAAAUCUCACAUGCCUCAUCCCUUUAAAAUAGAAAAGAAUAGUGAAAAUCUUUUACCUAUUCAUUAAGACUCAGCCAAAACAGAGGAUGCUAAGGAUCCUAAGUAUUCCCCAAUGAAUUAACUAGUAAAGGGUCUAAAAUAUCAUUAAAACAGUGAAAACUUAAAAGAAUUAGCAAAAGUAAUCAACAACAAGAAUUCUGAGAGAAUUGAGCCUAUGAAUUCACUUAAGCCUGUUUUAAACGAUGAGAUUAUUUACUCCAACAAAACCAUAGAUGAUGAUGAGGAUGAGGAAGAAAUCAAAUUCAAUGGAGCGAAAAGAACUUUUAAUCCCUAAUAAUUAGAUUUGGAUUGGAAACCAAAAAUAUAGCCUUUCAAAGGGAAUCUAAAAAAUAUUCUUUAGAAAAAACUUAAAAUCAAGUCUGGAAAAUUCUUUGCAGAAGACUCUUUAGAAGACUUAGUCAAUAAUAUAUAUGAAGACUGCGAUUCUUUUGAGACUAACCAGCCUAUAAGAUCAAGUCGGAAAGAAACAGGUCCUAAUGUCGGCAUUAAUAAGAAUAAUCCUGUCAGUUUUCAUUCACUAAUAUCGAGCAGAAACACAGAUGAUUUGAGUGCUGUAUUGAAAUCGAAUGAAAAUAGAGGAAAUUUGCUGCUAAAGUAAUAGUAGCAAUAGUCAUUUAAAAAGUAUGUUGAAAAGUAGAAGAUGAAAAAGAGAUGGAGCUUAAAACACAAGCAAAAUAAUACUCCAAACCACAGCACGAAGAACAAAUUUGAUACGAGAUAGGACAUGUCCUCACAAUACUCUAUGACUCAACCUGGCCCCAACUUUGAAAAAAUGUUUAAUCAAGAAUCCAAUUACAUCAGCAAUAUAAAUUAAAAUGUGGUGUUUAACCUGCAGAAAGCUGGAACUUACACUAUACACUAUCACUAAGAAAACGUGAGUAACUCCCAAAAUCUAAACCAAUUCUUUCGGAUAAAAAAUAUGAAUUGGGCAUAAAAUUUCAGCAACACAUAACCUAUUGUUGUAAUUGCUCAAAACCAAAAUCAAUAAUAGACAAAUACAUAAUAGCAAAACCAGUAAUAAGAAUUCCCUUAGUCUAAGAAAAAUAGUAGUAAUAAUAUCAACAAAAAAGAAUCAUUAUGA